CCUGCUUUGGUAUAUAAUAGCUAUGCAUGAGUUCUUACUUGUAUCAACACGACCAGUUUGGUCCGACAACCUUAUAACGACCUCAAGAAGACCUUCUUCCAAGCAACGAUUGUUUAACGCAUACGUUCUUGAACAAACCGCCGUUGACAUCGAUCGAGGGUCUACCAUCUGCGCACUGUGACAUAUUUGCAAAGCAGAUCUAGCUCGCAUAACCAUCCGCGUCGUCACGGGAAGACCAAUCAUUUUACGUGCUAUAAUAUCACAUCAUCACCAAUUCACGCACAUAAUGUCUCGCUAUAACAACUACACCACUCCACCCAGAUCACCAACCUUCGGCUUCUUCCCCACUGCACCCUCUUCCCCACACGCAUUCUCUGCUAUGCAGGGGAACCCGCGUGACUCACAUAACAUGUACUCGGCCCUGAGCUCAUCCAUGGGCUUCCAAUCAAGUAGCCAGCCCAGGCAGAGCAAUGGCGGGAGCUCGAACCCGCUGAUGAAGUUCUACAGAAAGUGAUACUUUCUCAUCGUCAUGAUUGUCAACUGUAUACAUCACGAAGGGUCACGUGUACCCAAAACCAUUGUAUCGAUAGCAUUGGAGCAAGACGGUUAUUGUUUUAUGGCCAAGGAGAUGAGGAACGGAGCGCGCAAAAAUAGGUACUUGCAGUGCAGGAUCACCCACUUCGUUCAAUUAUAACACUUAUUCCUCCUUGAAAUCCUUGUAUACGUACGCAUAGAACGCACAUAUUGUAUCUCUAUUGUUUCAUUCUGGAUGCUAUGAAUUUAUCCCUCCCUCAUCAAA